AUGGUGUCGACUUUCAAUGCAAGUAGGUGAAUUAGAAAUGACCGUAAAGUCUGUAGAAAUUAUGACUGACCACUGUAGGUUUUUUAUGUAUACUCCCUUUGUGGUAUUACGGUCAUCCAUGGUUUGUAAAGUGUACCAUCCCUUGUAGUGAUGCUUUUACUACUAUUCUGUCCACAAUCUGUGUCAAGGCCAAUUUAUGUUAAGUCACAUCUCCAGUGAAAUUAGCAUCCUCGCUAAUCUGCCCCCCACGUCAGCCCUCCUGGGUAAUCAAGUCACAGUGAGGGGGUUAAUGCUGGGUAAUUGUCAAUCAAUCACAGACAGAGUCCUCACAGAGACUGUCCUCUCCUCUCUCCUCUCCUCUCCUCUCCUCCCUCCCCUGCAGGCUUAUCCGGGAGCACCUGGGAGAGCAGGAGGUGUCCAUCACCCUGACCAUUGACUCGGUGGAAGAGGCUGAUCUGGGGAACUACUCCUGCUUCGUGGAGAAUGGCAACGGCAGACGACAGGCCAACAUCCAGCUCACAAAGAGAGGUGGGACACAGACACACACAACAUCAGUCUACUGAGAGUUGGUUUAGAGAAGACAUUGCCAAGCUGAGUUUUCACUUAAAAUCAUAAUUAUCCAAAGGUUAUUCUGUCUGUUUCAUUUUUUAGAUACACGCUUAAUGUCACAUCAACGUCAAACAUUGAAAUGUGUUUUCAGGCUGGAGACAGACAGACAGACAGACAGACAGACAGACAGACAGACAGACAGACAGACAGACAGACAGACAGACAGACAGCUGUUAUCUUUCAGCCAAUUCAGAGAAGUAGCAGAGGGACAGGGUUCAUCUCUGUCUGUUUUCCUUUCAAAUCUUGGUGGUCAGAGCUCAUUGGCUGACUAAUGUCUACCAGAGCAGGGACUCAAUGCAUCUCCAUCCAUCACCAUGGUGACAGCUUUAGCCUCAUUCCAGAGCUUGUCCCGAUCCCACAACACCACAACAUCAGCCAUCCACCAGACAGGGCCUGAUCCCACAACACCACAACAUCAGCCAUCCACCAGACAGGGCCUGAUCCCACAAUACCACAACACCAUUCAUCCACCAGACAGGGCCUGAUCCCACAACACCACAACACCAGCCAUCCACCAGACAGGGCCUGAUCCCACAACACCACAACACCAGCCAUCCACCAGACAGGGGCUGAUCCUACAACACCACAACACAAACCAUCAACCAGACAGGGCCUGAUCCCACAACACCACAACACCAGCCAUCCACCAGACAGGGCCUGAUCCCACAACACCACAACACCAGCCAUCCACCAGACAGGGCCUGAUCCCACAACACCACAACACAAACCAUCAACCAGACAGGGCCUGAUCCCACAACACCACAACACAAACCAUCAACCAGACAGGGCCUGAUCCCACAACACAAGCCAUAAGCUAGACAGCCAACAUGAUAAAGUGUGAUGUCAAUAGCCAUCAACUAGACAGCCAACAUGAUAAAGGGUGAUGUCACUAGCCAUCAACUAGACAGCCAACAUGAUAAAGGGUGAUGUCACUAGCCAUCAACUAGACAGCCAACAUGAUAAAGGUGGUUGUCACCAGCCAUGAACUAGACAGCCAACAUGAUAAAGGGUGAUGUCACCAGCCAUCAACUAGACAGCCAACAUGAUAAAGCGUGAUGUCACCAGCCAUCAAUUAGACAGCCAACAUGAUAAAGGGUGAUGUCACCAGCCAUCAACUAGACAGCCAACAUGAUAAAGUGUGAUGUCACCUGCCAUGAACUAGACAGCCAACAUGAUAAAGGGUGAUGUCACCAGCCAUCAACUAGACAGCCAACAUGAUAAAGGGUGAUGUCACCAGCCAUCAACUAGACAGCCAACAUGAUAUAGGGUGAUGUCACCAGCCAUCAACUAGACAGCCAACAUGAUAAAGCGUGAUGUCACCAGCCAUCAACUAGACAGCCAACAUGAUAAAGGGUGAUGUCACCAGCCAUCAACUAGACAGCCAACAUGAUAUAGGGUGAUGUCACCAGCCAUCAACUAGACAGCCAACAUGAUAAAGGGUGAUGUCACCAGCCAUCAACUAGACAGCCAACAUGAUAAAGGGUGAUGUCACCAGCCAUCAACUAGACAACCGAUAUGAUAUAGGGUGAUGUCACCAGCCAUCAACUAGACAGCCAACAUGAUAAAGGGUGAUGUCACCAGUUAUCAACUAGACAUCCAACAUGAUGAAGGGUGAUGUCACCAGCCAUCAACUAGACAGCCAACAUGAUAAAGCGUGAUGUCACCAGCCAUCAACUAGACAGCCAACAUGAUAAAGGGUGAUGUCACCAGCCAUCAACUAGACAGCCACAUGAUAAAGUGUGAUGUCACCAGAACCAAACAACCAUCUUGCUCCUAGUGUGAUGUCACCACCACCCUAACACCACUACUUGCUACUUAUUCACCACCUCCUACCGCCCACCGCCACCUACACUAUCCCACCCUCAUCACUUAACUCCCAUUUAUUCCCCCAUCACUCUACACCCCUCUUCCCCAUCCUCCCUAUCGCUAUCCCCACCACCCUCAUCCUCUCCCUCAUUCCUAACCUCCUUUCCCUCAUCCUCUAACCUCCUCUUCCCUCAUCUCUAUACCCCCUUUCCCUCACCCUCUACACCUCCUCUUCCCCAUCCUCUCCUACCCCUCACCCACCCUCAUCCUCUACCUCCUCUUCCCUCAUCCUCUACCUCCUCUUCCCUCAUCCUCUACAUCCCCACUACCCUCUCCUCUACCCUCCUCUCAUCCUACCUCCCCCACCCCCUCAUCCUCUACCUCCUCUUCCCUCAUCCUCUACCUCCUCUUCCCUCAUCCUCUACCUCCCCACCCCCUCCAUCCUCUACCUCCUCUUCCCCCAUCCUCUACCUCCUCUUCCCUCAUCCUCUACCUCCCCACCCCCUCAUCCUCUACCCCAUCCCUCCUCUCUCCCUCAUCCUCUACCUCCUCUCCCCACCUCUACCUCCUCUUCCCUCAUCCUCUACCUCCCCACCCCCUCAUCCUCUACCUCCUCUUCCCCCCUCUACCCUACCUCCCUCCUACCCCCUCAUCCUCUACCUCCCCCCUUCCCCUCUCCUCUUCCCUCUCUCUACCUCCCACCCUCAUCCUCUACCCUCCUCCACCCCCUCUCCAUCCCUCUACCCCCCUCCCUCUUCCUCUCCCUCUACCCUCCUCCUCUCCCCCCAUCCUCUACCUCCUCUUCCUCAACUCUACCUCCCCACCCCUCAUCCUCUACUCCUCCUCUUCCCCUCCCUCCUCUCCCACCUCUCUCUUCCCUCAUCCUCUACAUCCUCCCCUCUCCCUCAUCCUCUUCCCUCCAUCCUCUACCUCCCCUCUUCCCUCAUCCUCUACUCCUCCCUCUCCACCCCUCAUCCUCUACCCCUCUUCCCUCACAUCCUCUACUUCUACCAUCCUCUACCUCCCCCCCACCCCUACCCUACUCAUCUUCCCUCCCUACCUCCUCUACUCUCCCUCCCACCCCCUCUCCUCUAAUCCCUCUUCCCUUCCUCAUACCCUCAUCCCUACCUCUCCCCACCCCCUCAUCCCUACCUAUCUCCUCUUCCCUCAUCCUCUACCUUCUCAUCCUCUACCUCCCCACCCCCUCAUCCUCUACCUCCUAUUCCUCUACCCUCCCCACUCACCAUCUAAACCACCUGUUCUUCCUCCAGCUGAGGCCUCCUUCCCUCUCUUCUCUUUUCCUCCUCUCCCCUCUCCUCUCAUCCCUCCUCUCCUCCUUUCCUCCUCUCUCCCCUCCAUCUCCUGGUUGAAUCAAAGAUCUUGGUGCCGUGUAUCAGCGCACCGUCGGUCAGGUGUCAGAGAUUACACUAAAGAGGUCCAUUCUUCUCUGCCUGGCGCCCAUAGCCCACAUCCUGACGUUCUCCGCCCAGAGAUUAAGACAAAUGAUCUCCCAGCGGUCGGGGAACGUGCCUCACUUACAGAGCGAUAGAUUUGACAGAGCUACUGGGCACCUCUCCAUUCAUCAUGUUUCCCCCCACCUCCUCCUCACAGGGUUAGUGUGUUUGGAGAGACGGCUGCCAUUGGGAUUUGUCAGUGAGAUGUGGGUGUGGUGUGGAGGGUGUGGAGGGUGUUGAGUUGUGGAGGGUGUGGAGCGUGUUGGCUGCACUGUGCUGCGUCUCCAGGGGAGAGAGGCGGAGGACGAUGGAUUGAUUUCAUCAUUAGGAAGACAAAGGGUACCUUAUUUGCCUGCUGGGUAUUGAAUGAAAGCAUCCAUUAUAAUAGAUGAGUUCACUGGGGAAGCCUUCUCUGUGGAACUGGUUCAAGUAAAUCCUUCAGAUUUAGGAAUGAUUUGGGCUCCAUGGUCCUUCAACUCAAGGGCCUGAGUUGUAGACCUCUGAAUCACUGUUGAAUAGAGCCGAAAGUCAAUGUAGUAUUAAACAAGCUAUAUAGAGGUCCAAGGUUGUUGUCACUAUUGACUUUAUGACCCUGCCAGAAAACAACCACAACAACAAGGCAGCCAUUUUUGCCACUCUGAAUAAAGAUUAAGCAGCCAGUGUCAAAUCGACAACAAAUGGUGUCAAACCUGACAAAUCUCUCAAUAAAACCCAUGGAUUAAAAUGAUGAAAAUAGCAGCCUUUCUAUCCAUCCGUCGUCGUUGUCUCAAGGUCGCAAGCCUCGGUGGUGCAUCAAAACACACUGAAAACAAUGUCCAUUAAAGCCAAGGUCCACUGGCUUGUUUUCUCCGUCCCCGCCCCGAGCACUCCUCUCCUCUCCUGGCUCGGGCUCUCUGUAAUUUUCUGUCACAUUUCAUGCACCCGUUGCCACAAUUUAGCACCUCAAACAGAGUAAAUUAUUCUCACCUUGUACAGCCGAUGCUGAUAAAUCAGUGAGGGCCAGUGUCAUCUUCCAGGCCAGACCUGAAUGCACCGCCACCGACCGAGGCUGAACGGCUGCCAUUAAUAAGUUAUUAGAGCAGCAAUGCCAGAGGAUGUAAUAAAGAAAACAAUUAUCAAAAGAACUCAGAGAGAGAGAGAGAGAGAGAGAGAGAGAGAGAGAGAGAGAGAGAGAGAGAGAGAGAGAGAGAGAGAGAGAGAGAGAGAGAGACGCCGAUGGCCAGGCACCAAGUGCUUACAUUAGAGGAGCAAGGACGAUUUACAAUCAGCUCCAUCUCCCCACAGGCCACAGCACAUCAAUUGGCCCAGCAGCAUAAUAAAUAGGAUAAAACCCCAGCAUAACAACUUGGUCUGAUUCUUUAUCUGCAGCGACCAUGCCACAUGAAAGAGACCGUUCAUAGACGGUGUAUAUGUUUACAUAAAGAUGAUUUGACACAGAGAGACAGACCGACAUGCAAACAGACUCACAAGCACUAGUUCAUACAAACGCUUGCACACACACACACAGAAUGAAGAGUCCCUGGUUUGAGAGAAGAGGACCAUUAUUUUGGGCAUGGCACAGAUCAUCAAAUGGAAGAAUUCCUAAACAAAUGAAGUGAAAAAAAUGUAACAGGUAGGAAAUCAGACAAGAAUCUUCAAAGACUGCUUUCUUCUUUAAUUCAGCUAGCAUCCUCUAAUUAGCUGUCCUAUUUUCAUGUCUCGGUAGAGUGCUGUCUCUCAUCCUUUCUUCCCUCUCUUCUUACUCUGUCUUUUAAGGAGAAUGACUCCCUUGUUCCCCAGCAGAGACUUGUGUUAUCAACAGGACACGUACCCAGAAAGAACAGGGUGACCCAAAUCCUCAAGUUUGCAUACUUUCAAAGCACUGAUGAGACACUGCUGAUUGGCUGGUCAGGCUGCGGUAAAGAGUGUGUUGAUUGGACAGAGAUAAGGUGGUGUUGUGUUUAUUGUAACAUCAAAUGCUUUAGCUUGGAUUUGUUUCACCUUUCCGUAAAUAUUUAUUAUUGUGUGUGUUUGUGCGUGUGUGUGCGUGUGUGUGUGCGUGUGUGUGUGUGUGUGUGUGUGUGCGCACGUCCGUGUGUCCAAUGCAAAAAUAAUACUUAAUUGGCAUGACAGCAGACUGGUGCAACUAUUUUGGAUUGCUUCUAAAUUUCUGAGACCUAAAUAUGACCAGGGUUUAGAUUCAAUCAUCAAUAAACAUCACAAACAACCAUCCAAGUGAAUGGUAGCUUGGUCUUCCGAGUGGAACACAAGGAAAAGGGAUUUUUUGAGAUGUUUAAAUCCAAAUGGCCAGCCUAAUCUCGUGCAGUUUAUUCUCUGUAUAAAUCCUUUAAUAUACCAAAUGAAAUGGAACUGGGAUGCCAUCAAAGCUUUCUCAAAAGCUGCAAGCUCAAAAGAGGAAAUAACUUACUAUGUAAAUAUAUGCACCACUGACAACUUUUACGGCCAGCAAAAUGGAUUUACUUAUUCAUGAUUUUUAACACACGCACACACACAGACACAACCGUUACAACAAUAUACACUGUAAGUGAUCAUUGAAUAACCACACUGAGACUACCAUGAAGCACCACAUCUCAGAAAGCCUGUUCACACACUCACACACACAAAACACACACAGAAACACACACAAAACACACACAAAGAAGACAGGAAUGAAAAGAGGAGUGUAAAUUCUCCUGAGCAUAAGGUGAUGAAAGAGUGUGUCGGAGGGAUAGAGCAGCUCUCAGAUCAAAGAGGCAGACGGGAGAUCAGUUGUUGACACUUGUCUGGUUUACCACUCUGAUGGCUGUCAAAAAAAAAAAACUUCUGGUUUACCACUCUGAUGGCUGUCUAAAAAAACACUUCUGGUUUACCACUCUGAUGGCUGUCUAAAAAAACACUUCUGGUUUACCACUCUGAUGGCUGUCUAAAAAAACACUUCUGGUUUACCACUCUGAUGGCUGUCUAAAAAAACACUUCUGGUUUACCACUCUGAUGGCUGUCUAAAAAAACACUUCUGGUUUACCACUCUGAUGGCUGUCUAAAAAAACACUUCUGGUUUACCACUAUGAUGGAUGUCAAAAAAAAAAGAAAUCUGGUUUACCACUCUGAUAGCUGUCUAAAGAAAACACUUCUGGUUUACCACUCUGAUGGCUGUCUCAAUACAAUGAAUGCUUUUAAAGCUAAAAUGUAUCUUUGAAAUGAAAGUCCAUUGCUUAUAGAAUAGAUAUUCUCCGAAGGUGUCUUUUUAGGACGGGGGAUUUGAGACAACAAGAGGAAAAGAAUCUCAACUGCUUCUAGGGACCAGAAUAAUACCUGUAUCUCUGUUUAUUGUUGUAGUGUAGUGUCUGGCUAGCGAAGGUCACUUCAGGUCCUUGUGGUUAUAGACUGAGAUGGAAACAUAAUUGUCCUUGUUAUGUCUGAGAAAAAUGUAGAUCUUAUGGCCUAAUAAUAGGUUGAAGAGGGAUGAUGAUUUGCCGACCAUUGCUCUUUGCGUUCUUAUUGAACACAAAAGGGCAUGAUCCCCCAGAAUUUAGGAAAACAGUACACAUUGAUCUGAAAAUGAAUCAAUUUAGUACACAGCUUUCAUGCUACCAGUCCACACAACUGGCAGUAGAAAUCAGUCCCUAGUUAAAAGAUAAGGACUGAAAUCAGCAGGACUGUGGCCCUCGAGAACCAGAGCUUUGCAGUGCACACCCCUCCACUAAACCUACAGUAUGAAGCUACUCCACUACCAUACACUGCCGCAGCCUCAAUGUACAGGACUAUAUGAUUUUAAAUGGAACCCGUGAAGGAUAACAUUGUGCCUGAGUUACCUCGACACUCAGGCUUUCAGACGGACAGAGUUGAGAUGGGGUGUAUUUACUGAGAUCAGAGUUUUGUAGAGUUUACUGUUGAUGGCCAUGUGAGAUCCUGUCAGCUCUGGGAGGAUGAUGGAUGGCUGAGGGAGUAAAAAAGUUCACUCUACCUCUCUCCGAGGCUGAGUCCCAAAUGGCCCCUCUUCCCCACAUAGUGCCCGACUUUUGACUAUAGCCCCAUAGGCCCUGAUCAAAAGUAGUGCAGUAUAAAGGGGAGAGGGUGCCAUUUGGGACGCAGCCUUGUGCCAGUCUAUAUUAUACCACUGCUCUACUGACUUGGCUUGCUUGGUUUGGUGCCCCUACAGCGUUACACUCACACCUUUAAUGGAGCUUCCCUUGUCAAAGGGAGGUCACCGUCAGGUCCUGGCCUGUCGUGGGCUAAAGCUGGGGCCUUCAGGCUAUGGCUGACCUGGGCUGGUGCGUUGCUGAGGUCUAAACACCAAAUAGUCUUAGGAGACGUAGUUCACUCAAAGUAGAAAAUGUACCUCGUGUUUUGGCUACCUAAAGAAUAGUUGAUGAACUAGGACUCAGUGACCCAAGAUUUGGGUUGGUUAGCUUAGCUUAGCAUAAGCAUAGUUGAAGGUAUCAAUGGGAAUGGUAGCUAGGAACCCUGUUAGCAUGUUAGCAGCUAGCUGGAGUCUGGCUUGAUCUCUCUCAUGUUCUCACUGUGCUAAUGAAGUAUCCAGAGACAAUAAGCAGUGACAACAUGCUGUGUUUGAGGAUGUAUUUGGUGAGUGUGCUUGCUUUUUGGAUUUGAUCAAGAAAGAUUAGCGAAGUAAACGUUACCGUCUUCUCUCUUUUUCUUCCUCUCUCUCUCUCCCCCUCCCUUCUCUCACAGCAGAGCUUAUGUACACGGUGGAGCUGGCGGGAGGCUUGGGGGCCAUCUUGUUGCUGUUGAUCUGCCUCGUGACCCUCUACAAGUGCUAUAAGAUGGAGCUCAUGCUCUUCUACAGGAACCAUUUUGGCAGCGAGGACAUCGACGGAGGUAAGAUACUCUCUCAAGUCACACUAGGGCCAACAGCACUUCCCAUUAUAAGCCCUAAAUUAAGUCUACAGUACACUCUUAGAAAAAAAGGGUUCCAAAAGGGUUCUUCGGCUGUCCCCAUAGGAGAACCCGUCUUUUUUAAUGUGGCUAUUGCUCGAAAGAGGAUUUUAAUGUAAUUAUAAAGGUAGGAAGAUGUGUUUUUCUACAAAUCCUAACUUGAGAUAGAAAUAAGAACGUAAGGGUUCUAAAUUGAACAGCAAUAGAUUCUAAUUGUGAGGAUGAGUUAAGAAUAGUGAAUGAGUUAAGGAUGAGUAUUCAUCAAUCUGGUCUGGCGGUUUCAUUUGAUUUCCGUUAAUGAGUCUUUCAAGUGGAGGGCUAGGGUUACAAUGAAUUCAGUGAACAAGAUUACUUUUGGGGUGUCUGAAGGAUGCCGUGUGGAGACUGGAGAGUGUCAUUAGCCGAGAAAGGUAUCCUCCGCUUUGCUCUUUUCCUCCCCCAGCCCUCCGUUUCCCACCAAUCACUUUGUCUUGAUUGUUGAUGCAUCAGACAUGUCUGUGAAAGUCAUUACCAGGCCUGUAGUGUGUUGGGCUUUGGGACAGAAGUGGAGGCUUUGAAAUAAUAGAAGGUUUCAAGGCAGAUAAAAAAUGUUGGCGCCACAGAGGAGAGAAAAGGGAACCAGAGCCUUAAACCUAAUGCUAAACAGCAAUUGUCUCCUUUAAUUGCGCCACCCGAGUGAGCAGAGAGGAGAGGGAAAGAGAUUUUCAAUUUGCUCUCUGUUUAAAGGGAUCAGUUUCAAUAAGCCACAUAGUGUUGCCCAUGGCCGUGGCUCCCUUGAGAGAAGAUGGAAAGACACAUACUUUCUCUUUAACGCUCAGGACCGGGUGAUUACUCCUUCCCUGGAUUGUAUUCCCCCCUCGUCCCUCAAGCUCCUCUUUCAUUGGCCACAAGGACUUUUACUUCAUGACCAUCACAAGCCAUUCAGGAAAAGCCUUUUUCCCCUCUCUCUCUUCUCUGUGUCUGACUGACAACAGCAGAAUUAUCAGGUUCGGUUAAAAGCGGUUCUAAGUCUCUGUUCGUAUGGGUGUUUGCUGGGGUUGUAUUGCAUAACGACCACACACACUUUACAGAUGCAUGAGCUUGUCGAGUUGUGACUUGAACGUAACCCUUAUUAGCAUAUCAUUACAUUUUUACAUUUUAGUCAUUUAGCAGACGCUCUUAUCCAGAGUGAGUGCAUACAUUAUUAUUUUUUUAAUUUUUUUUCAUACUGGCCCCCCCCGUGGGAAUCGAACCCACAAUCCUGGCGUUGCAAACGCCAUGCUCUACCAACUGAGCUACAUCCCUGCCGGCCAUUCCCUCCCCUACCCUGGACCAAUUGUGCGCCGCCCCAUGGGUCUCCCGGUCGCGGCCGGCUACGACAGAGCCUGGAUUCGAACCAGGAUCUCUAGUGGCACAGCUAGCACUGCGAUGCAGUGCCUUAGACCACUGCGCCACUCGGGGACCACCAUAUAAUGCUGUAUAUGAUUGUAGCGGCAGGUAGCUUAGUGGUUAAGAGCGUUGUGCCAGUAACCGAAAGGUCGCUGGUUCUAAUCCCCGAGCUGACUAUGUGGAAAAAUCUGUUGAUGUGCCCUUGAGCAAGGCACUUAACCCUAAUUGCUCAUGUAAAUGCUUUGACUUUAUUUAAAUCAUGCAGUAGGUUGAACUUGAUCAUCACUUAGGGAUGAGCAAUGACUUAACAUAAAGAUAACAAAUACCUUAUCUCUUAUUAUAAACAGAACUUAUGUAGGAAUGCUAAUGAGCCCAACUCCCCCUGCAGUUUUUUAGCUUUCAUGGCUAAUGAUGUAGGUUGCACUAUAUUCAAAACAAUGUGGAAGGAGCCCAGAGGUUCCUGCUAAAAGUCCCUGAACACUCUUUUUAAUAGCAAGUUCAAAAGUUCUCUCACUAUCUGUGGGCCUGCCAGUACGCAUAUGCAGCCACAGCUAUGGAUGGAUGUAAACAAUGUAUGCAUCAGUCAUGGCCUUUUACUUCCGAGUCAGUGAGUGGGAUGGAUGGAUGCUGAGGGAGGUGGAACACGCGGGACGGAAACAGUUCCCCUUCUCAGCCCUCUUAAGUUUGCCUCAUUGGACCUCAGAGAGGAAGGAGAGGAGGGAGAGGAAGGAGUCACUGGUGGAGAUUGAUUAUUCCUCCUCCGAAUCUCACCCAUACCUGCUCUCUCUCUUUCUCUCUCUCUUUCUCUCUCACUCCUUCACACAGUAACCACUCAGAGAUGAGUGAUUCAGUUCUACUGAAAUAGAUUCUGAUCUACCUACAUGCUGUUUCUCUCUUAAAGGGGCCGUUGCACUUUUACUGUAUAGAAAGAUAUUUUUAUAUAGGUUCAGAUUCCUCCUCUUCUCUCCUCUUAUCUCUUCUCUUUUCUUGUCCCCUCCCUCCCAUCCCCUCUCCUCCUCUCUUCUCCACUCCUCUCUUCCUCGCCUCAUCUCUCCUCCUCUCCUCUCUUCCUGUCCUCUUCCCUCCUCUCCUCACAUCUCUUCUCCCCUCCUCCUUUCCCCUCCUCUCUUCCUCAUCUCUCUUCCUCUCCUCUACUCUCUGUGUUGUCGGGACCCCAUCCUGGUCUAACAGCUCCCCUCCAGUAGGUACAAGGUUCUGAAGGACUGCAGUCUGUGGAUUAUCCCUUUCCCUGUGGUAAUAAGAGAGGUUUAAACCCCCUCUCUAAUGAGUUUACCUGAGGGACACCACAGAGGAGGAGGGAGGGAGAGAGAGAAGAGAGAGAGAGAGAGAGAGAGAGAGAGAGAGAGAGGAGAUAGAUAGAGAGAGGAGAGCUAUAGAGAUAGAGAGAGAGAGAGAGUAGAGAUCGUAGCUCGACGAGCCGCUCGCUGCUCAUCUACGCGCUCGUUCCUCUUCUAUAUCGUCUUCCUCUCGCGAUAUAGAGCGCGCCUCUCACUUUUGUUGUCUCUAGUCCCUGGGGAACCCCUCUCUUCUCUUGUGUCUCUCCCUCUAUUCCACUUCCUCUGGCUCGUUGCCGCCGCAGCUUUCCUGCUUUGUGUCUCAUUGAAGUGCGCCGAAGCCGGAGCCGCUCCUCUCUUCUCUCUCCUGCACGGGGAAAACAUUACCACUAUCACCUCCCAUGUUGGGCUUUUCUCCUCGCCGUUUAAUCCUUUCAAAUCCUGCAUCAAUCAUAUUUUUCAUGUGACUGGCUGCCGUGCAGAUAAAGGAUGUGUCGGGGCCAUUUUGUGCCUAGGGAAGCGUUCAGUUUCCUACCUUAGCCCAGUCACAGUGAACACAGUGACAUUGUUUGGCAAAAGAGGCUGGAUUGUAAUAAAAUGUACCCAGAGGAGUGGGAGCUGGCAGUGAGGUCAGUCAGUGUGACGCAGUUAUCAUGUUUCUUCCUGCUGUUCCGCUAUGCAGAGAGAGCUAAGAUACUGUACAUCUUCACCACGUUGAUAGUCUGCAAAUCUGUCAUGGUUAUCGAUCCCUGACCAUGUGACCUGACCAGGAGAAACAGACCAAUGACAAGUUGCCCUACUUAUGAUGACAUGGGUUUGGUCGUGGUGCGUGAUGUCUGUGUCAUAUGAUAACUAAAAAUAACCAAUGCAGUCAUGAGAAGUCCAGAAGUACAAUUGAGUCAGAAGCCUUAUUGAGUCUGAAGCCCUAUUGAGUCUGAAGCACUAUUGAGUCUGAAGCCCUAUUGAGUCUGAAGCCCUAUUGAGUCAGAAGCCCUAUGGAGUCAGAGUAGUCUGUGUGACUAAUAUCCUCUAUAGUGAAGUAAUGGACUGGUCUGUGUGACUAAUAUCCUCUAUAGUGAAGUAAUGGACUGGUCUGUGUGACUAAUAUCCUCUAUAGUGAAGUAAUGGACUGGUCUGUGUUACUAAUAUCCUCUAUAGUGAAGUAAUGGACUGGUCUGUGUGACUAAUAUCCUCUAUAGUGAAGUAAUGGACUGGUCUGUGUGACUAAUAUCCUCUAUAGUGAAGUAAUGGACUGGUCUGUGUGACUAAUAUCCUCUAUAGUGAAGUAAUGGACUGGUCUGUGUGACUAAUAUCCUCUAUAGUGAAGUAAUGGACUGGUCUGUGUUACUAAUAUCCUCUAUAGUGAAGUAAUGGACUGGUCUGUGUGACUAAUAUCCUCUAUAGUGAAGUAAUGGACUGGUCUGUGUUACUAAUAUCCUCUAUAGUGAAGUAAUGGACUGGUCUGUGUUACUAAUAUCCUCUAUAGUGAAGUAAUGGACUGGUCUGUGUUACUAAUAUCCUCUAUAGUGAAGUAAUGGUCUGGUCUGUGUGACUAAUAUCCUCUAUAGUGAAGUAAUGGACUGGUCUGUGUUACUAAUAUCCUCUAUAGUGAAGUAAUGGACUGGUCUGUGUUACUAAUAUCCUCUAUAGUGAAGUAAUGGACUGGUCUGUGUGACUAAUAUCCUCUAUAGUGAAGUAAUGGACUGGUCUGUGUUACUAAUAUCCUCUAUAGUGAAGUAAUGGACUGGUCUGUGUGACUAAUAUCCUCUAUAGUGAAGUAAUGGACUGGUCUGUGUGACUAAUAUCCUCUAUAGUGAAGUAAUGGACUGGUCUGUGUUACUAAUAUCCUCUAUAGUGAAGUAAUGGACUGGUCUGUGUUACUAAUAUCCUCUAUAGUGAAGUAAUGGACUGGUCUGUGUUACUCCUGUAGAUAAUAAGGACUAUGAUGCCUAUCUAUCCUACUCCAAAGUGGACCCGGACCAGUGGAGUCAGGAGACCCGUGAGGAGGAACGCUUCGCCCUGGAGAUCCUCCCCGACGUCCUGGAGAGGCAUUAUGGGUAUAAACUGUUCAUUCCAGACAGGGACUUGAUCCCGACCGGAAGUAAGUUUUGUACGUUUUUGGUUUAUUUCCUGUUUAAAUCUGUUUCUAAUGUUGUCGUUUUGUUGUGUAUAUAUCACGUGACACAUUUUUGCAUCUUACUUUAACAUGUUAAUUACAACGUAACAGCAUGUAGCAUUCAGCCGUGGAUUUUGAGUUGUCUGUGGUAUAGCUGAAAAUGUGUAAUUAGUGGGUAAUAAUCAACCUUGUAAUUAUAUUGCAUUGAUCCAGUCUAAAUCAUAUCUUUAUGAAAGCUGUCUCACAACCAAUCAAAGGGGAUUUCUGCAUGUUUGACUGCAGUUUACUGGUACACACUUUGCACCUGUGAUAGGAUCAUGAUAUUAGAUGAUAAUGCAUCACGAUCACUGAUACUAUUCCAGUACUCUCAAUUAGAAUCCUUUUCUUUGCUUUUGCUCAUUUGUGUCACAUUCUUGUCUGUCACAUUUGUCAUGGUAACGGUUUAUUUCCUAUCAGUUUGUGUCGAUGUUACGAUUUGAGUCAGUUUGACUUAAAUGUUUGUGUUGUUAGGGGGACUGUGUUAAUAUGGGAUAAGUGGCACUAACCCAGAGCUAAAAUACAGACCUUCUAAGGACAUUUGUUCUCUUCUAAGACCUCAAAAGUCAAUGGAUUUGUCUCGAGGCAAAUUAACCUAUUUUUUUCUGAGGCAAAUAAAGUUAUUUGUUUCAUUCAAAAUGUAUGCUAUGUUGAAAGUUUGAGUAUAAAGUACUCAAUGGAAAUAAUAGUGUUCAUAGCCAAUGAAUUGUUUAAAAUGCAUCUAUUACAAUGUAAUACAUAGUAUAUAGACUGACAGAGUCUCCUUCGGUCCUUAUGCCACAACUCCCAUAUUAAACUGGGAUAAACGUGUUUUGUUAUCAUUAGAAAGAAAAGGCGGAGUUGAGAGAAACUAAGCACAGUUUAUCUAAGUAACUUAUUUAAGUCCCCUGACUCUAACUUCCUCUGAUGCCUUUCUGCAAAUCUACCUGAUCGCACCUUUUGAAUGUUGAACUAUUUAUGUUUAGGUUUCACCAAUGAUCAUUUCCAGGACGAUUCAAGACUCCUUAGAGGUACUCUCAUUCCCCCAGCCACUUACCAUUACUUGUGUCAGCAACUAGCCAUAACCAGCCUCACCCAUCGUGUGAGAGAGAGAGAGAGAGAGAGAGAGAGAGAGAGAGAGAGAGAGAGAGAGAGAGAGAGAGAGAGAGAGAGAGAGAGAGAAGAGAGAGAGAGAGAGAGAGAGAGAGAGAGAGAGAAGAGAGAGAGAGAGAGAGAGAGACUUUGUGUUAAAGUCCAAUUACAGAGAACAUCCAGACUGACUUAUCAUAGUGAGGUGAUGAGAGGGCUUUGUUGCUGCCUGCUCCUUCUAAUCAGCCUGCUCUCUGGCUCUCCUCUAUCCCCAGGGGCUCAGCUGAGCAUAAGGCAUGAAAGAGAAAAGGCCAUUUGAGUUUUAACCUCCCCAUGGAGAGGGAGGGAGAUGUAGAGGGCUGCACAAGGAGAGGGAGGGAGAUGUAGAGGGCUGCACAAGGAGAGGGAGGGAGAUGUAGAGGGCUGCACAAGGAGAGGGAGGGAGAUGUAGAGGGCUGCACAAGGAGAGGGAGGGAGGGUGAUGUACAGGGCUGCACAAGGAGAGGGAGGGAGGGUGAUGUAGAGGCUGCAACAAGGAGAGGGAGGGAGGGAGGGAGGGAGGGAGGGAGGGAGGAGGGAGGGAGGGAGGGAGGGAGGGAGGGAGAUGGCUGCACAAGGGGAGGGAGGGAGGGAGAUGUAGAGGGCUGCACAAGGAUUGGGAGGGAGGGAGGGAGGGAGGGAGGGAGGGAGGGAGGGAGGGAGGGAGGGAGGGAGGGAGGGAGGGAGGAUGGAGAUGUAGAGGGCUGCACAAGGAGAGGGAGAAAGUGAGGGAGGGAGAUGUAGAGGGCUGCACAAGGAGCGGGAGGGAGGGAGGGAGAUGUAGAGGGCUGCACAAGGAGCGUGAGGGAGGGAGGGAGGGAGGGAUGUAGAGGGCUGCACAAGGGGAGGGAGGGAGGGAGGGAUAGUGAGGGAGGGAGGGGGAGAGAGAGAGAUGGCCAGCCCUGUUGUCUCAGAGAGCAGCACCUCUCACAGUAGGGGCUCUUUGAUUAGAAAGGGAAGCAUAGUUCAUCCUGUCAACCUGUAGUGGAAGAGCCUGAGUGUUUGUUUCUGACAGGCCCCCAGCAGCCUCACUAACAGCAGGCUUUAGCAACCUCUGCUCUUCUGGCAUGUAGGGCACACGCACAUUGGCUAAAUUUGGCUCGAUGAUUUAUACUGUUACAAACGAGAAACACUGUGUUUAGAAACGGCAGCUUGUAUAGUGUAUGUUAGAGUGUGUUUCACUACACAUCCAUGCACGUGCAUACACACACACAAGACACACACACACGACACACACACACACACACACACACAAGACACUAGCUCUUUCUCUCCUUUUCACUUUAUCUCUCUCUCCCUCUCUCUCUCUCACAUACAAACACCUACCCACAGAUCCAUUUCUCUCAUAUUGUUAUCACUAUUGAGUUAUUGUGACUCAGUAGGUCUGUAAUAGCCAUUAGAGCAGCAGGUUAGAACAUUCAGUAUAACAAGGCUAUGGGCUCUGAUAGGUCAACCUAUUGUCUGAUGUUGUGUUUGUGUGUCUUGUGGUUUUUGGCUUAUUUCCCAUUCUCUCUGUUUUUCUCAAUAUUGGCUUAUUUAUUUAUUUUUAACGUAAAAUGCAUGCUCUAUGUCCUGUUAUGAUGCAUUAGAUUUAAAGGCAACACUUCCAUUUAAAUAUCCUAUUUAGCUAGUCAAACUCAAUAAAAUGCAAUAGCAGGCAGCAUCAACAAGUGGAUGAUAGACCAUAUCUUACAUACUAUACAUACAGACUAGAAUAUGUGAUAUAUUUAUAUGAUAUAUGAUAUAUUUAGCUGUAUUAUUAUUUUGAAUACGGUAAUAUUUAUUCCGUUCUUGGCCUUUUUUAAAGAGCUUAAGUCUUUCCCCCCUUCUGUAUCUCUUCGCCUCUUCGCUCUUGUAUUCCCCCCGCUUCUGUAAAUAAAAGUUCCCUAAAUCUCGUAUCGAAGGGAUUAAAUCAACUCUCUCGAUCCUCUCUCCCAACUUCUGACCGUCUCCUUCUCCCUCUGUAUCCUUCUCUUCCUAAAAACUGUAUCAACUCUCUGUAAAGCCUCUCUCUGUAUCUCUCCUUCCCCUCCCUCUCUCCUUAAUCCCUCUCUCCUUCCCUCCCUCCUCUCUGUAUCCCUCUCCCUUCCCUCCCCUUCUCUCUUAUCCUCUCCUUCCCUCCCCUCUCUCUCUGUAUCCCUCUCCUUCCCCCCCCUCUCUCUCUGUAUCCCUCUCCUUCCCUCCCCUCUCUCUCUGUAUCCCUCUCCUUCCCUCCCCUCUCUCUCUGUAUCCCUCUCCUUCCCUUCCUCCCCUCUUUCUCUCACUCCCUCUCCUUCCCUCUCUCCAGCCUAUAUCGAGGAUGUGGCGCGCUGUGUGGACCAAUCCAAGCGCCUCAUUAUCGUCAUGACACCCAAUUAUGUGGUGCGGCGUGGUUGGAGCAUCUUCGAGCUGGAGACCCGCCUCCGGAACAUGCUGGUCACCGGGGAGAUCAAGGUGAUUCUGAUUGAGUGUGCCGAGCUGCAUGGCAUCAUGAACUACCAGGAAGUGGAAGCGCUCAAACACACCAUCAAGAUGCUGACCGUCAUCAAGUGGCGUGGCCCCAAGAGCAACAAGCUCAGCUCCAACUUCUGGAAACACCUGCAGUACGAGAUGCCCUUCAAGCACAUGGAGCCCAUCAUCAGCAACGAGCAGGUGCUGGACGUCAGCGAGCAGGGCCCCUUCGGCGAGCUCCAGACCGUCUCCGCCAUCUCCAUGGCAGCAGCCACCUCCACCGCCAUGGCCACGGCGCACCCGGACUUGCGGAGCACCUUCCACAACUCCACUCUCAACUACCACACCCAGAUGAGGCAGCAGAAACAUUACUACCGCAGCUACGAGUACGACAUGCCCCCCGGCGGCACACUGCCUCCCCUCUCCACCCUGGGUAACCAGCACACCUACUGCAACAUCCCUAUGACUCUGAUCAACGGACAGAGGCCCCACGGCCAGGCCAGGACACCCAGAGAACAGAGCAUCGAGGAGGCACACGCCAAUAACGUCAUGCUACCGCUGCUGCCACGCGAGACCAGUAUAUCCAGUGUCAUCUGGUGA